UUAAGAUGCAGGUAACAAUAAAAACUGCAAAACCAUCACCUUUUUAACCAGUUUAUUAAUUAACGUUAAUUUACCAGCGAUUUAAAAUAUAUGUAUUUGGUAAAAUAUAACAAAUAAAACAAUUUUUAUAGGCAAUGCAGAUCUUAUACAAGGAGCUUUAGAUCUUAUGUUCCUGUCAUGUGGAAAACAAAAAAACGAUACCAGAGAUAUAUCAACAAAUGCCAAAAUAAUGGGACAACCCGCUGUAGGCAAUUAUGUUACAAUUGCACUAGAAAAUGGACAAUAUUUAGCAGUGAGAAUUAUGGAUAUAUCAGAAAACUUAGACUACCUGAAUAGCAAAAUAGACUGCUAUAGAAUAAUCCCGGACAGUUUUCUAUUCAAUGAAGACUCCACCUCAAGGGACUCGUUCUCAUCCGAGCAAUCUGACUGCGAUGUGUGUACUAACGAGGCGCAAUGCAAAAAACCUCUAUCAUCAUCUGGUGAGAGCGAGGGCGAGAAAAAACCUAGAGAAACGUUCGUUUUGUCUGAUGUUGAGGAGGAUAGUCUGGGUUCGAGUUCCUUGGAAGAAAAAGAAAACACCAUUAAGGCUAAGAAGGUGGGGGUUUCCAGGAAGAUGCAGUUUCCUGAAGAGGUCAUAAAAGGAAAAGAUACUGUUGUGGUGGGCCCUAAUGGUAGUAGGAUACUAAGAAAAAAUUACGAAUCAAUCGAUUUUAAAAAUUACAAUAAAGCCACGAGAAAAUUGCUGUCGUACUUUUUCCCUAGAGACAUCUUAGCCUCGUCGUCUUUGAGCGGUAGACCGAGUCCUGCAUUUUUGGAUGUUAAAAAACCCUUAAAACAAAAGUUGAAUCCAGUCAUUGUGGCAGAUAUUAUUGACUGUGUCAGAAAGAAAUCCAACGUUCCAGAGAAAAUGGUUCGUCAAGUGAUAACGACGAAAUGCGCGGAUGAAUGCAAGCUGAAGAACAAUAAAAAACAAAAAAGAAGGUAGUUGGAUCAUACAAAAUAGAACAAUGUACUCUGGGUCGUACUGUAAUUUUUUGCAUAUAUAGCGAUAGGAUAUUAAGAAAAAAUUACGAAUCAAGAAAAUUGCUCUCGUACUUUUUCCCUAGAGACAUCUUAGCCUCGUCGUCUUUGAGCGGUAGACCGAGUCCUGCAUUUUUGGAUGCCAAAAAACCCUUAAAACAAAAGUUGAAUCCAGUCAUUGUGGCAGAUAUAAUUGACUGUGUCAUAAAGAAAUCCAACGUCCCAGAGAAAAUGAUUCGUCAAGUGAUAUCGACGAAAUGCGUGCAUUCAUGAAGAACAAUAAAAAACAAAAAGGUAGUGUUGGAACAUACAAAUUAGAACAAUGUACUCUGGGUCGUACUGUAAUUUUUUGCAUAUAUAGCGAGU